AUGUCUGCACGCGCACGCACCCUCGCCGCGCUCCCGCGCCAGCUCCACAUCUCGCCCGCGACCGCCAUCUCCCGGACCCACCUGCUCGCCCUCUACAAGGAGCAGCUGCGCGUCGCCCACUCGUUCGGGAGCUACAACUUCCGCGAGUACUUUAUCCGCCGCACCCGCAACAAGUUCCGCGCAGAACUGCCCGCCCUCCUCGACGCCGCCUACGCUUCCCCCUCCUCGACCUCGUCCUCUGCAUCGGCGCCGUCCACCUCGUCGCCUCCAGCGUCGACGUCGAGCGCACCAACGACGGCGACCGAGGGCGACUCGCCGGCGCGCGCGCCCGAGGACCGGCUGCGCGAGUGGUACACCGAGUCGCUCGGCGAGCUCGCCGUCAUGGCGCGCGCGGCCAUCGUCAACGGCAUGUACGAGGCGCCCAAGCUUGUCAUCGAGGGCAGGGGGAGGGCCAUGGCGGUCGGCGGCGGCGGUGCGGGAGCCGAAGCGAGCUACGGCGGUGGAGGUCAGCCGGCGGACCCGGCACACCCGCAGACGGGCACGCAGUAG